UGGGAAUAUGAGAUCUAUCCUGUAAUCCCCGUUUCUUGUCCAUGAAACCAGAUGGAAGAUCGACAGCCAAAUGAAGUCCGUUUAGAUCGCAAGGGAAAGUCCACCGUACCCGCUAUCACAGUUACUCGUCGUGGAGGGCAUCGUGGAUCCUUCAGAGGUUUUCAAAAUAAUUCUAGUCGAGGUCGUCCGCCGUAUCGCCCGAACGUGCUUCCCCACUCUACCACGUCUCCUGCGUGGAAUCAUUCGCAUAAAAUUUCCUCAGUCUCUUCAUUGAGUGUACCGGGCCGUUCGCUCGAUCAUGUCAGACAAGAGCCCUCGGACCAUUUAGCGCAGUCGAACUUGCGCCCGCCCAAGCGAACGAAGUUUAAUUCUCAGCAGUUUUCCUCAAGAGAGUCUCAAAGCGAGGACUUGCCCCAUAAUAACACUCCUUUGCCUUCACCAUGCCCAAAAGUCAUCCUUGGUGAUCACGAAGCGCAGGCUGUUUUCUCCCCUUAUAGAACAAUACGCAACGAUCAUUCUCUGCCCAGAAAAAUGAGUCAAGCCGUGCAACGUGAUUUACCUAGUGGUAGGGCGCAUGCUAUUCGAAUUGAGUCCCAGUAUGAUAAAAGUGCGAUUAGCACUCGGGAUGUUGUAAUGGGCAGUACUUUUGGAUAUGGCAAGGAGACCCCUAAAGUCAGCCCUUGUGCAAGCGGCUCAACUCCAGGACUGUCGCAUCUAGCGAAAUCUUCUACGCCCGCGUCCUCGAAGGCGGUUCUAGGCUCCUGCUCAACACAUGCAACAAUACCUCAAAAAAAGGGCUCCGCUAUACCAGGCAAGCAGAGAGCUCUUCCAUCUCGAGUUGUAUCUCCUCUAGAAGAGAUCAUCGACCUUACUGUUGAUCCUCCGGACACACAUGUGAUUGUUCCCCCUCCCAUGUCGACACGUUUCUUUCGUUCCGGAGUUCUUAAGAUAAAAUCGGUAUCUUCUAAGGCACCCUCCGCAGGGGAUAUCACUUAUGCGGCGGAAUCGAUUACCUUACCCGACAGUGAUUCCGAUGAUAUUGCCCCCCUAAGGGACCUUAUCAACAGAGAUGGCAGCAUGGUAGCGAAGCUUCGAGAAGAACCAGCUCAGGUAUCCUCCGAAACGCUAGUCAACGGCCCGAACGAGAUUUCUUCCUCAGUUUCCGCUUUGUUGCUCAGCUCUAAUCCCGGCCCUUCCCGUCUUACUCUCGACACCCACGAUAAGCCCCGUCGCGUGCUCAGCGCACACUGGAAUUCGUCUCUUAUAGCCGUAUCUAUGCGCGGCUUCGUCGAGAGCCUGGGUAUGCCUAACCUAGUGUCCCAGCAUAACUUGCGUAGGCCAACUGCCCCAACUCAAGAGUCAGUUGAUGAUGCCUGUAUACUUCACGCGGGUGACACGUCAGUCAUCGUUCUGGCCCAUGCACGUGAAGAGAAACAAAUUUCGUACUUGACAUUUCAAACCUCCAUGGGAACAAAAUAUCGCGUUGUCGAUCGUCCUUGGAAUCGGACAAAGAAGGCAGGGGCUAGUGUUGUGUCGACAAUGAUGCAACCACUUAUGUUUGCCAGUGGGGGUUAUGAUCAUGCCGUUCAUAUUUGGAAUUUCUCUCCCGAUUUUAUGGGCGUCUCCUCAACACUUUUGGCAAUAAAGCACACAUCUGUGAUCCAGUCCCUUCUUCCCGUUCGUGAUACUAGUCACAAACUCAUAUCCGCUGGUGCGGAUUGUAGUGUCCAUUUAUGGGACCUAUCUCCGGAACGCGUUGUACAUACAUUCAAGACAUCCAAUUCUCCGUAUCACGCACAUAAGACGGAGUCACCUUUCUGCACCUUACUCGAGGUUGGCCAUCGAGAUCUGCAGUUCGAGCUUCGUGAUCACCGUAUGGUUCCGGAGCACCCGGCUGAACGCUUUGGCUUUUUCACGACCGAGCUGCAUGGUCGUUACAUCAAAGGAGAUACUUGGUCUCAUUUUUUUGCCUCGGGAAGCCGCAAUGGUGUUGUGCGUCUCUGGGACUUGCGCAAUGUUCGGGAACAACUUGCAUCUGUCUCGUGUUUCAGCAAUGAACAGGUGAUACAGGUGUUGAAGACGGAGUCUGACAUGUUGGCUUUUUCAAAGCGCGGCGAUGUAAUGACAUUGAAUCAUAAAUGAAGUAAUGAAAUGUGGCACUCGCAGUUCCGACGAUUAUAUUAUUUAGUCUUAAAUUUCUAAUUGUCUAUCGUCAUAUACUAG